AGAGAGCACUCCACCCUCCAACCGCUCCUCGGCACUGCUCCCAGCAUCCUCUUCUCUCGGCCUCUCUCUCUCUUUCUCUCAGAAGAUCAAACUCAUAUUAGGAUAAAUGCACAUCUGGUGGUUCUCUCCUCAUCACUAACAUCAGCACAGCGUGGCCUCGGGGUCCGGCAUGUCGUUGUCAAGGAAGCACGAACGCUUCUUUUGAGCGUCCGUUUCAUUUCUGCCGCGCGCCCGUCUCACCUUUAGUCCAGACGAGAAAGAUGGCCGCCGCCGCCAAGCUGCUGACCAGCGCGGGCCUGCUGCUGGCGUUCGGCUCACUGUGCCUGCUCGCCAUGGCUAUCUGCACCGACUACUGGUACGAGACGGACGCGCGGCGGCACCGCGAGCGCUGCAAGAGCUACGCGAGCAACCGCAACGACCCGGGCUACAUCUCCAUCUCGAAUCGCAACCUGCCUCUCCGGAUGCCGCCGGAAAUCAGUGAUGGAGCGCUGAUCAGAGAGAAGCGGCACCUUGCUGCUCCGCUGGCAGCUAUGGAGUCGCACUGCAGCCGCCGGUUCAAUUCCACUGUGUCAGGUCUGUGGAGGAAGUGUUACCGCGACGGCUUCGACCUGGAGACGGACGAGCUCAUCUACAGAGGUGUGAUUCAGAGAUGCACUCCAGUGACCUAUCACUACACCUCCUCCAUCCUUCCCCGAAAUCUCCCAGUCAACAUCACUAAAACUAUUCGGCAAGAUGAGUGGCAUGCUCUACAUCUGCGCAGGAUGACUGCAGGCUUUGUGGGCAUGGCUGUCUCCAUCAUCCUCUUUGGGUGGAUCAUUGGGGUGCUGGGCUGCUGCCAGCAGCACGACCUCAUGCAGUAUGUAGCUGGCCUACUCUUCCUCAUGGGAGGAACCUGCUGUAUUAUCUCCCUGUGCACUUGUGUGGCGGGAAUCAAUUUUGAGCUGUCAAGGUAUCCUCAAUACUUGUACGGCCUUCCUGAGGACAUCAGUCACGGCUACGGCUGGUCCAUGUUCUGUGCCUGGGGAGGGCUGGGUCUUACAUUACUGGCCGGCUUCCUGUGCACCCUCGCACCAUCUUUAAGCAGCCCCUCAACCCAUACAACCGUCCACAAACCAAGGCAUGAGAAUGGCACUGUGUGAGAAACCUUCCCACAAAUUUUACACAACAUCAGCACAGGAUGCUGGUCAUCAUCAUCAUCAUCAUCAUCACAUCACCACACACACACACACACACACACACACACACACACACACACACACACACACACACACAUACGCACAGACUGCUGAAAUCACCCACCAUCCAGUUUAACACCUCUCAUCGGCAUUAGGACGAGUGCUCGAGGUGGCUGGAUAAUAAUAUUUGUCUCCUGCAUGGCAGCUAGUGACGUGUAAUUGUACACAACAAAGUAGAAUGAGCGUUCACUGUCAUUCCUCAAGCACAAGACAUAAGACACUGUCAGGAUAGUUUCAUCAUAGGAAAUGUACAUAACCACACACACACUGUACACAUAUAAACCAUUCCAACUAAACAUUCCACCUUGUCCAAAACCUACACUGAAAAAGAUGUCCAAAAGGCGAUUUUUCUAUUUCUUUUUGAACAUACAUUCUAAAAUGGUGCUCUCUGUUCACAGUACCACAUGCACAAGCAUUUCAAAAAGUCAGGACUAGCAGGGACAAACUCCAUCUGGAAGCCAUGUUUUUUUAUCUUUAGCUAGACUACUGCUUUUUUUUUUUUAACCCUGAUCAGGAACUGUAUAAACAUCACCAUGGUCCAAGCUGUUUGUGCUUUGUUAAAAAACUGACCUUGUAGCAUUGGUAUUUUCCUAAAUCCUGUAUUGCUGCAGAAAAAAAAACUAGCCUGCUACAGCAUUUCCUGAAUAGAGCUUUAAAAAAAGCUAUAUCAGCAAGAAAAAAGCAGAAAAAAAUGCUACACUAGUUUUCACUGAACUGAAGGAUCUGGAUUUAUUGAUGUAAAGUCCGUGACUUAAGGCUGAGGACUUUACUGAAGAGGAACACAGCCAUGAGAGGGAGGAAAGGAUUUGUGGAAUUAUGAGAUAAAAGAAACAUUAAAGGUUGGAUUGAAACAUCGAUGCAUUAGUGAAGCAAACUUUCUCUAGCCUCCGUGAGUGUGUCUUUAGAAAUCCAUUUUUUUCUGUAGAAUUCAUCCCACUGUUUAUAAGAAACAAAGCUUAGCAAAAAAAUAGGGCUGUUUUCUUUUUUGUUAUGCUGACACUGGGCAACUUCACUGUUUUGCCGGAUUUGAAACAUUUCAAUCCUCGAGAGCACACAGUAAAUAAUUGAGCUGACUUUAAUAACAAUGCUUCUUUGAACAUCACAUCUUCACGUAGAGUGGAAAUACUGUUGUGCGCUCACUCCAGGAAUCCUAAUUAUUUAUGAUCAAUUAUAAAAAUGGAGAAAACUCCUUUAUAGUUGUUUUCUCUCCCACGGGGCUUUGACAUCUUUCCUGAGAAAAAAAAAAAAAAAACAUGAAGAGGCAUGAAGCCUGGGAUCCAACUUUUACAUAAUUUGACCUCUCUCAAAUAACAAUGAGUGGUGCAAAGAAAGUGUCCCAAUGUUGUAGUCAAGGUACACUGGUUUGUAACAUACUGUAAUGUAUAUAUUACCCAUGCAGACUGAACCUUGGCCAUAGUCCGGCAAAAAUGUUCUAAUAAUACACAAUAUGUAUAACAAUUCUUACUAAUGAAGUGCCUCCAAAAAUACACAGCCACAUUUAAUAUAACAGUCAGUUUUAUAGUAGUACUGACAAAUAAAUUGUAUCUUAUACCACAGGGCUGUUGAGUCCUCGAUUCUGAUUGGACAGAAGGUGUUGGUUCAUUAUCAAUGGCAGCAGCUCUGCCGCUAGUACUAGUUGUAAAUUGAAUUAAAGUUUUAUAUUAAAGAACUCGUUUUAAUACCCUGUCCUCUAAAUUGGUUGAUGCUCACAAACAUUAAUAUAAAAACCUAUGUAAUUGUUGAUAUAGUGACAUUUUCUGUAAGGAGAACUGUAUUUAUUUGGAAGGCAUCGUCAGUAUCAGUGUUAACUGUCAGAGGCACAAGAAAGUCUUGAGAACUGUCCACUUUUUUGGUAACAUGAUGCUUGAUUCUUUCACGUGAAAGAAAAACAAGGGGCUAGGAAAGAAAUGAC